AUGGCACCGAAGAAGGAAAAGGCUCCGCCUCCGUCUUCCAAGCCCGCUAAGUCCGGCGGCGGAAAACAGAAGAAGAAGAAGUGGAGCAAGGGAAAGCAGAAGGAGAAGGUGAACAACAUGGUGCUGUUCGACAAGGCCACCUACGACAAGCUCAUCUCGGAGGCACCCAAGUACAAGCUCAUCACCCCUUCCAUCCUUUCCGACCGUUUGAGGAUUAAUGGGUCACUUGCAAGGAAGGCAAUAAGGGAGCUGAUGGCCAGAGGCUUGAUCAGGAUGGUAUCAGCGCAUUCAAGCCAGCAGAUAUACACUCGGGCUACUAAUACCUAAGUGUCUUAUUCCCUUGUCAUUAAAUAGAACUUGAUAUGAGUUGGUUAUUUAGACUCUUGUUUUGUUUUGAGUUACCGCCAAUUUUCUCUGUCGCUGUGCUAUGACAUAGUUUUCCUGGGUCUUUCUAGAUACUGCUGGCUUGAAUCUGAAUUUGCUGUCAUAUUUAUCUUAGUUAAUGGGGAUUUUUGGAACCUUUUGAAAUUAUUGUCCAGUAUCCAAUAUUUUACCACUUCAUCUUCCCUGAGAUGGAAUUCUGGAUUUGUUGGUUGGUUGUUUUCAUAAUCAAUGUUUUCCUAUGGCGCCAUAGAUCUGGUGGGAGAAAUUUCGUGAAAAAUGUAUGAAAAG